AUUCUCACUUUUAUUUGCAAGUGCGCUUUGGACCCACAGCUGCCUAAAAUGCGCUAAUUAGCAAACAGGAUUUUGCUUGUGCUCUGUGUGUUUACGCUGGAAUAAUAAACUUUCUCCGCAAAAUGUUUUCAAGGGGCCCUUUCUCAUGUGCCAAAGACGACAUGAUUCACUAUCUCAGAUGGACUGUUUUCCUGUGGAUCGUAAAUUCCAUUCCUUUUGCUUCAGGAAUGGCAGUGAAUGAGAGAAUAGAUCAUACAUGUCCACCCCUGAAGCUGGAGGAUAAAUGGCACACCAAUGUGAACCUUCACAGAGAAUUCACAGGAUUUGAUUUAGCUGAGAAGUUUCUCCUCAGAAAAGGCACCGUGACGGACAGCGACACGCCGUUGUUUAGACUGGGAAGUAAACCCCUGUUUAAACCAACAGAGUCUGUGUUCCCAAAUGGUCUUUCUCAUGAAUACUCCAUCGUUGCCACUUUCCGGAUCAGAAAAACUACUAAAAAAGAUCGCUGGUUUGUUCUGCAGAUCUUUGACAAAGGUGGAACUUCACAGGUGUCAUUAAUAGUGGAUGGGGCAAAGAAAUCAGUGGAGUUUUUGGCUCUGGGUUUUUUGAAGAACAGCCUCCUGUAUGUGUUCAAGAAUCGAGACCUGCACGCCCUCUUCGAUCGACAGUUUCAUAAGCUGGGAGUUUCUGUGGAGAGUAACGCUGUGUCCAUCUACCUGGACUGUGAAUUAAUCGAACGACAAGUCACUGCUGAGAGAUCUGGCAUAGACGUCAGUGGACGCACCUUCAUCACCACUCGAUUGGAGGACGGGAAGCCAGUCGAUGUCGAGCUUCAGGAGAUCCUGGUCUUCUGUGAUUCUCGAAUAGCCGACUUGGACAGAUGUUGUGAUUCUCCUGGAGCUAUGUGUGAACCGACAGUGACCCACAACCCCACAGCAAUCCCUCUGGUCACAGGAUAUCUUCAGAAAAUGUUGUCCAUGCCAGCCCAGCUGCCCACUGACCGAUGCCACUGUCCUGCUCUCAAGGUACUGUAAAGCUAAAGCAAGAAAACCUUCUUAAAAUGGGAACCUAGCACUCCACAACAGAUCCCGAGGUAAUGCCGCAUGUGAAAUGAAUGGCCAAUUAAAGCGCAUUUAUGCCAGUCCGUAUAUCUGGAUGACAGCCAGAGAUGGAAAUAAAAGCUUAUUAGAAGCAA